UGUUAAUUGAUUCUUCGAGGAAGCUAUCAAUCGUCCUCAGUAUUAAUUAAUGAUCAAUUGCAGCACACACAGAUGCAAAAGAUGGAAUUGUCACCUUAGCGGCUCCUUGGGUCCGGCUCCACAGAUGUUCAGAAGAGAUAAAUCACGAUUAAAUUGGGCAAAAAGGAUGAAGGGGGUCGAGUGGAAUUUAAGCAACACGAUUUCACAUAGAGAAGAGACAGAGGGUUGAUCAACAAGCUGUAAGUUAAGUAACCAAAUCAUGGCAGAUGAAGGGACGAGCACGGGGAUUUUGCCUGCGGCGGCGGAGGCCGCGGCGGUAGAGGCGGUGGUGGUGGUCGGGCAGCAGUUCGCCGCCGCGCAAGCCGUGAAUCUCACCAUCACCCGCUACGAUGUGUUGACCUUCAUGGACGUCGACCUUUACAGGGUGGCGGACCCCAACGGAACCAUGGUCUUCAAGGUGAACCGCGUCCUCUUCAACAGCCGCCGGAUCCUCCUCAACGCCGCCGGCAACGUUCUCCUCACCAUCAAACCAGACCACUCCGACGGAUUUCGGGGAUUCGAACUUCGCGACCCAUGGAAGGUAUACAAAGGACACAGCUGCAGUCCCAAUGAUCUGCUGUUCACCUUAAAAAGGUGCAGCCUGUUUGAGUGCGACAAGUACAAAGUGAUCUUAGCCCCCAACGAAGCUGCCACGUGUGAUUUUAUGAUAAAUGGAAAUGGAAGGAACGCCAGAUGCACCAUUUCUAUUGGCCAAUCUAAUACAAUCAUCGCCCAAAUGCAAUGCGAAAGGGCAUUGUUGCGACCGAGCAAACCGAUUGUGACCGUGAAUUCUAACGUUGACCACGUCUUCAUUGUCUCGCUAAUAAUCAUCCUUGAAGAGAUUCGUCGUAGUUCUAGAGGCAGAUGAUAGUGUAUAUUUGGGUUGAUUCAUCAUGAUAUAUGUACGAAUCUAGCACAUUACAAUAAAAAAAUGACUAAGUUCAUUCAGACGUCCUUCACACUCCUAGA